CCGCCGAAACGGACGUGCCGUGUUUUAUUUUACCGCGUUUUGUUUCCCUUUCGUUCUUUCCGUUUAUGAUUUAAAGCCACCAUGUCGAAGGGUGACGGUGAACAACAGAACGGCUCCGGCGAGGAGUCCAAAACCAACCUCAUCAUCAAUUAUUUGCCACAGAGCAUGACCCAGGAAGAGAUCCGAAGCCUUUUCUCCAGCAUCGGCGAAGUGGAGUCCUGCAAACUGAUAAGGAAUAAGGGCGCGGCGUUCCCGGACGCCCUCAAUCAUGCACUGCACGGUGGAGGGCAGAGCUUGGGGUACGCUUUUGUUAACUACCACCGCCCUGAAGACGCUGAAAAAGCUAUCGCCACUCUCAAUGGCCUCAGACUUCAGAACAAAACAAUCAAGGUAUCUUACGCUCGACCUAGCAGCGAGGCCAUCAAAGGCGCAAAUCUCUACGUUUCUGGACUGCCAAAAACUAUGACACAGUCAGAAUUGGAGCGGCUAUUUAGUCCGUACGGUAGAAUUAUUACUUCUAGAAUACUCUGUGAGAACUCAGGCGGAAGGCCCUUCACUGGUGGUGAACAGGGCUUGUCUAAGGGAGUUGGAUUCAUUCGCUUUGACCAGCGCGUCGAAGCAGAACGAGCUAUUCAAGAAUUGAACGGAACAGUGCCUAAAGGAGCAUCGGAGCCGAUCACAGUAAAAUUCGCGAACAAUCCAAGCAACAACGGGAAGGCUUUAGCGCCGCUUGCCGCCUACUUACCAGCGGCGCUGCGCUUUCCCAACCCUCUUGGACGAUUCAGCUCAGGCAAGUCUUUAUUAGCUAUCAAUAAAGGUCUCCAACGCUACAGCCCGUUGGCGGGUGAGCUGCUCGGCGGGGUCCUGCCCGGCGCCGUGGGCUCGGAAUGGUGUAUUUUUGUUUACAACCUGGCUCCAGAAACUGAAGAGAAUGUACUCUGGCAAUUGUUUGGACCCUUCGGUGCCGUCCAGAGUGUUAAGGUUAUACGCGACCUGCAAACUAACAAAUGCAAGGGAUACGGAUUCAUCACAAUGACCAACUAUGAUGAGGCGGUCGUCGCUAUCCAGUCCCUCAACGGGUACACCCUCGGGAACAGAGUUCUGCAGGUCAGUUUCAAGACGAAUAAGAUCAAGACUAUCUAAGUCGUUCCAGACACGGCCUAGCCGGACGCUAGGGCGGCACAGACACAGCAGGCGCGCAACCAUACAUCACUACACACAGCACUACUAGAGGAUACCCGCCUUCGCAGGACCGUGGCCACACAAGGAGCUCUUCAAUCGUGUGUCUUCCUCAUAAGACGACCAGAGCGGUCAUUUUGUAUGUAAUUUGUAAUUUAUUCGAUUAAGCUCAUUCAUCUCUUUGUUCGACAGUCGCCAUUUUAUCAGAAAAAGUGGGUUAAGUGUUACGGAAAUCAAGAUGGUGGAAAGUUUCUGCGCAUGCCCGGAUGAAAUGGCGGUCGUUGAAUGGGACGAGCGCGCAAUAAUAAGUUAAGAUGGAGGCAUCAAAUGCUGCUGAUCAACAACCAUACAUAUUACAUAGUCAAUAACAUAAUGACAAUCAACUUCGCUUAUGAAAGGUUGUGGUUAUCGAGAAAUAGUUUUCGAUUAUUAAUAAAGUAAUUAGCAAUAAUAUGCUAUGCUCCAUUUUAGGCGUCAUAUCUAACUUCGGUCUCGAAUCGACGAAUUGCCAAAUAACGAUAGAGUCGCGUUAUUUCCGCGUCUAUCGCUCACAAGUAUAAUAAAUAGGUAGGAUUCGGGCCGGCCCAACCAAUUAAAAUAGUGUUAUUGUUAAAGAUUGGAAAUAUAUAUUAUCUAUACGUAUAUUUUAAUCAUAUAUUAAUCUAAUUAAGGAUGAGAACUAAUCCAAAACUGUGAUAGGUUUUGAUAAAAUUUUAAAAAUAAAACUUGAAAGAUCUCUGGAGCAGACGCCGUCGACGAGCCCUUUGUGGCGUCGGGCUACGUAUUCACGAACCUGAGCUCCGUGUUCAGCAUCGGAGCGAGCCCGCGCUCGCCGGCGGAGUAGGUUAAGUAGUUUUUGAAAAGUUUUGCGACGCCUCAAUCGCAAGAGCUAGGUGACACUCGGAAUGCGCAAUCACACAAAGAUGAGGAAAAUCGAUUGAGCUCUGGAGGAAACCCGGAUGAGGCGGAGCCACGGCUCGCCUCGCGGGAGCGAGACAUCCACGGGCCGGCUCUCUCGCUCUUACGCGAAACAAUGGUGCGUUAGUACUUUAAUGAUGUCGUUAAAAAUCGAUGUCUAAACAUAUGAUCUGUACCUGCUACUAUUAAUGUAUGGAUGCGAACCUGCGUCUAUUCGAAGUAGGCUGUAAUUGUCUUAGUUUAAAUGGAAAUUUGUAAAUAGAUAAAAAUAUAUAAAAUAGUUUUCGCCGCGUCUCGUCCGCGUCAGCACGCUGACGACCACAAAUUGAACCCGACAAAGACCUAAGAAACAUCGAACUUGAAUAGAUAUAAUAUCGUGCCGUCCUAACGACCCUACGAUUUUUGUAAAAAAGUAUAUACAUAAUAAUAUAUGUAAAAACAGUUUUGUAAACAUUUCAGAAUAUUAACUAAUAACUGAUAGGUACUCAUUACAUACCAAAGAUGGAGAUAAAAAUUUACAAGUAUUUAUAUAUUUAUUAUAUGUAAAACGUGCAAUAACUGAUAGCCAGUAAUUUAAUAAAAAUAUAUUAAAUAAAUAACUCGAAGAGGUCGGUAGACUCACGUCUUCGUGGAUAAAGAGGUAAAGAUGUUUGUUUACUUAGUAUUGUAAACUUAGUUUGACCGGGCAAGUCAACUUUUAAACUUUGUUUUAUAAAGAAAUUCGCUUACAUUUACCGCAGCUUAAAUUGCUUAUCGUUCAAUUUUAGUCUUAAUACGUUAAAUUAUUAGAUGUUUGUAUUGAUUUAGUAAAAUUGAGAGUUACCUUCUUGAAUUAAGCGAAACAUGAUAAUGGCGUCCUUGUCUCUGGCAUAUCAAUGCCAAUGUCAUUUAAUGACAGACGUCGUCGAUUGGUAGCGCGCGAUUCGUUUCACGUGAGUUUGAAUUAAUUUAAUGGAAAGAGCGGUGUGAGAUGAGCUUGGGGUGUGAAGCACAAGUUUUGAAUUAAUAAUUAAUUAAUAUUAUUAUAUUAUAGUACCGUCUUAGGUUAAUAGUUGUUGUGUUUUGUGUUGUUCGGACUCAGCAUAAAUAUUUCAACUAUUCUAGUCAUCGGGACGGUGGUAAUAUAACAAUUGUAUGGAAUAGUUGUCGAAUUAAUGUUGAUGAUAAGUCUUAAUCAUAAUUUUUCGAUAUUAUUUGUUAGAUUUACUCAUUAAUUUAGUGCAUGUGCAAUUAAUUGUAUUUUUCUUGUAUAUCUGAGGUGUGCAUUUAUCUUAUUUAAUGUAUAUUAUGUGUUUUAAAUUAUUGUGGUUCGAUAAGGUUAUUUAAUAAUUUAUUAGGAGAAUUGCACGUGGCGUUCGUUUCUUAAGUAUUGGGAACACGUAAUGGUGUGAGGAAUUGAUUUACCAAAAUAAUCUGAUUGCUUUCUUGUUGAUUCAGUUCAUUCGAUAUUAUUUCAUGCUAUUAUCGU